CAAUGGAACAUUACCAGACAAGAAGUGCUUUAUAAAAGUAAACUGCAUCUCCCCGAGUUCAGUCAUACUGCACCAGCUGAGCAAUGCAUGGAGUGGACCUGUAGGCGACUUGCAUCAUCUUCAACAUGAAGAUAGCCACAGUGUCAGUGCUUCUGCCCUUGGCUCUUUGCCUCAUACAAGAUGCUGCCAGUGAGAAUGAAGAUCAGGAAAUAUGUCAUGAAUUUCAGGCAUUUAUGAAAAAUGGAAAACUGUUCUGUCCCCAGGAUAAGAAAUUUUUUCUAAGUCUUGAUGGAAUAAUGUUCAUCAAUAAAUGUGCCACAUGCAAAAUGAUACUGGAAAAAGAAGCAAAAUCACAGAAGAGGGUCAAGCAUUUAGCAAGAGCUACCAAGGCUACUGCCCCAACAGAGCUGAAUUGUGAUGAUUUUAAAAAAGGAGAAAGAGAUGGGGAUUUUAUCUGUCCCGAUUUUUAUGAAGCUGUUUGUGGCACAGAUGGGAAAACAUAUGGCAACAGAUGUGAACUGUGUGCUGAGAAUGCGAAAACCGGGUCCCAAAUUGGUGUAAAGAGUGAAGGGGAAUGUAAGAGCAGUAAUCCAGAGCAGGAUGUAUGCAGUGCUUUUCGGCCCUUUGUUAAAGAUGGAAGACUUGGAUGCACAAGGGAAAAUGAUCCUGUUCUUGGUCCUGAUGGGAAGACACAUGGCAAUAAGUGUGCGAUGUGUGCUGAGCUAUUUUUAAAAGAAACUGAAAAUGCCAAGCGACAGGGUGAAACUAGAAUUCGACGAAAUGCUGAAAAGGAUUUUUGCAAGGAAUAUGAAAAACAAGUGAGAAAUGGAAGACUUUUUUGUACACGGGAGAGUGAUCCAGUCCGUGGCCCUGAUGGCAGGAUGCAUGGCAACAAAUGCGCCCUGUGUGCUGAAAUUUUCAAGCGGCGUUUUUCAGAGGAAAACAGAAAAACAGAUAAAAAUUCGGGGAAAGCUGAAGGAAAAACUGAAGUUAAAAGAGAAAUUUUGAAACUCUGCAGUGAAUACCAAAAUCAGGCGAAGAAUGGAAUACUUUUCUGUACCAGAGAAAAUGACCCUAUUCGUGGUCCAGAUGGGAAAAUGCAUGGCAACUUGUGUUCCAUGUGUCAAGUCUACUUCCAAGCAGAAAAUGAAGAAAAGAAAAAGGCUGAAGCACAAGCUAGAAAUAAAAGAGAAUCUGGAAAAGCAACCUCAUAUGCAGAGCUUUGCAGCGAAUAUCGAAAGCUUGUGAGGAAUGGAAAACUUGGUUGCACCAGAGAGAAUGAUCCUAUCCAGGGCCCAGAUGGGAAAGUGUAUGGCAACACCUGCUCCAUGUGUGAAGUCUUCUUCCAAGCAGAAGAAGAAGAAAAGAAAAAGAAGGAAGGUGAAUCAAGAAACAAAAGAGAAUCUAAGAGUACAGCUUCCUUUGAGGAGUUGUGUAGUGAAUACCGCAAAUCCAGGAACAACGGACCACUUUUUUGCACCAGAGAGAAUGACCCCAUCCAGGGCCCAGAUGGGAAAAUGCAUGGCAACACCUGCUCCAUGUGUGAAGUCUUCUUUCAACAAGAAGAAAGAGCAAGAGCAAAGGCUAAAAGAGAAGCUGCAAAGGAAAUCUGCAGUGAAUUUCGGGACCAAGUGAGGAAUGGAACACUUACAUGCACUAGGGAGCAUAAUCCUGUCCGUGACCCAGAUGGCGAAAUGCAUGGAAACAAGUGUGCCAUGUGUGCCAGCGUGUUCAAACUUGAAGAAGAAGAGAAGAAAAAUAAUAAAGAAGAAAAAGGGAAAGUUGAGGCUGAAAAAGUUAAGAGAGAAGCAGUACAGGAGCUGUGCAGUGAAUAUCGUCAUUAUGUGAGGAAUGGACGACUCCCCUGUACCAGAGAGAAUGAUCCUAUUGAGGGUCUAGAUGGGAAAAUCCAUGGCAACACCUGUUCCAUGUGUGAAGCCUUCUUCCAGCAAGAAGCAAAAGAAAAAGGAGCUGAACCCAGAGCAAAAGUCAAAAGAGAAGCUGAAAAGGAGACAUGCGAUGAAUUUCGGAGUCUUUUGCAAAAUGGAAAACUUUUCUGCACAAGGGAAAAUGAUCCUGUGCGUGGCCCAGAUGGCAAGACCCAUGGCAACAAGUGUGCCAUGUGUAAGGCAGUCUUCCAGAAAGAAGAUGAGGAAAGAAAGAGGAAAGAAGAGGAAGAUCAGAGAAGUGCUGCAGGACAUGGUUCCAGUGAUGGUGGAGGAGGAAACACUCAGGAUAAAUGUGCUGAGUUUCGGGAACAAAUGAAAAAUGGAAGACUCAGCUGUACUCGGGAGAGUGAUCCUGUACGUGAUGCCGAUGGCAAAUCGUACAACAAUAAGUGUACGAUGUGUAAAGCAAAAUUGGAAAGAGAAGCAGAGAGAAAAAAUGAUGAUUCUCACUCCAGCUCAAAUGGGACUGGAUCAGAAUCAGGGAAGGAUACCUGUGAUGAGUUUAGAAACCAAAUGAAAAAUGGAAAACUUAUCUGCACUCGAGAAAGUGACCCUGUCCGGGGUCCAGAUGGCAAGACACAUGGCAAUAAGUGUGCUAUGUGUAAGGAAAAACUGGAAAGGGAAGCAGCUGAAAAAAAAAAGAAAGAGGAUGAAAACAGGAGCAAUACGGGAGAAAGGAGCAAUGACAAAGAGGAUCUGUGUCGUGAAUUUCGAAGCAUGCGGAUAAAUGGGAAGCUUAUCUGCACCAGAGAAAAUAACCCUGUUCGAGGCCCAUAUGGCAAGAUGCACAUCAAUAAAUGUGCUAUGUGUCAGAGCAUCUUCGAUCGAGAAGCUAAUGAAAGAAAAAAGAAAGAUGAAGAGAAAUCAAGUAGCAAGCCCUCAAAUAAUGCAAAGGAUGAGUGCAGUGAAUUUCGAAACUAUAUAAGGAACAAUGAGCUCAUCUGCCCUAGAGAGAAUGACCCAGUGCGUGGUGCUGAUGGAAAGUUCUAUACAAACAAGUGCUACAUGUGCAGAGCUGUCUUUCUAACAGAAGCUUUGGAAAGGGCAAAACUUCAAGAAAAGCCAUCCCAUGUUAGAGCUUCUCAAGAGCAAGACAGCCCAGACUCUCUCAGUUCUCUGGAUUCUGAGAUGUGCAAAGACUACCGAGUAUUGCCCAGGAUAGGUUAUCUUUGUCCGAAGGAUUUAAAGCCUGUCUGUGGUGACGAUGGCCAAACCUACAACAAUCCCUGCAUGCUCUGUCAUGAAAACCUGAUACGCCAAACAAAUACACACAUCCGCAGUACAGGGAAGUGUGAGGAGAGCAGCACCCCAGAAACAACCGCUGCCAGCAAGCCCGCAUCUGAUGAAUGACGGGAAGAUUGUUGAAAGCCAUGAGGGAAAAAAUAAACCCCAAUUCUGAAUCACCUACCUUCACCUCUGUAUAUACAAAGAAUUCUUUGGAGCUUGUCUUAUUUGCUAUAGAAAACAAUACAGAGCUGUUGGGAAUAGACUCACUGAUUUUCAGUCUUUUCCAUCUCUUUCCUCCUAGACUCCGUAAUCUGAGGGUAUAAAGAAAUCUCCACCAAGUCUGAGCCCUCAAAAUGUCCUGAUUACAAUGCUGCCUGUCCAACUGCCUGUUCAAUAAAAGCAAACUCAGCAGAACACCCUUUCUGAGGCUUCAUUGUCACUGUCUGGAUAAUAGAUAUUUGCUUUUACAGAAACUGAAUAAACUCUACCCUUU